AUGCCCGCCCCAGGACGGGCAUCCUCUGCCAUUCCCGCAGCCGCCACCAGGCGAACGGGUUUGCGCCAACCGACUCGGCGAGCCGGGUCUGCAGUCCCUGAUCGACAGGCAUCACCAGCAGUUUUCGCGAAACCAGCUACAUCAUCCAUUGCACGUGUACAAAAGCCGAGUGUCGACCAAUCUAGCACAAACAGUAAGAGAAAAGAUAGGGAAUUCGAACGAGAGAUCAACGAGGACACAAGCAUCCACGUGGUGGUGCGCUGUCGCGGCCGUAAUGAGCGCGAAAUCAAGGAAAACAGCGGCGUCGUCCUCUCCACUGAGGGUGUGAGUGGGAAAAACCUGGAUCUAUCCAUGGGACCGAAUGCGCUGUCAAACAAGACAUAUGCCUUCGACAAGGUCUUCUCGCCGGCAGCCGACCAAACCAUUGUGUACAAGGAGGUAGUACUCCCGAUUAUCAAUGAGAUGCUUGCCGGAUACAACUGCACGAUUUUCGCAUACGGACAAACGGGAACAGGAAAAACGUACACCAUGUCUGGAGACAUGACCGAUACCCUGGGAAUACUGUCAGAUGAUGCAGGCAUUAUCCCACGCACACUCUACUCCCUUUUCCACAAGCUCGAGGACACGGAAAGCACAGUCAAGUGCUCAUUCAUCGAACUGUACAACGAGGAAUUGCGGGAUCUAUUGGCAGCUGACGAUAACACGAAGCUCAAAAUUUACGAGAAUGAGAAGAAGGGCCAUCUGGGUACUUUGGUACAAGGAAUGGAGGAGACUUACAUCGACUCGGCAACAACUGGUAUCAAGCUGCUCCAGAUGGGCAGCCACAAGCGCCAGGUGGCUGCAACAAAAUGCAACGACCUGAGUUCGCGCAGUCACACAGUCUUCACGAUAACUGUUCUCACCAAGCGUACCACCGAGUCUGGUGAAGACUAUGUGAGCUCUGGCAAGCUUAACCUGGUGGACUUGGCUGGUAGCGAGAACAUCGGGCGAAGUGGUGCCGAGAACAAGCGAGCCACUGAAGCCGGUCUGAUCAACAAGAGUUUGCUAACCCUUGGACGCGUCAUAAACGCCCUGGUGGAUAAGAGCUCGCAUAUCCCGUACCGGGAGUCCAAGCUGACUAGGCUACUACAAGAUUCGCUGGGUGGCCGAACAAAGACAUGCAUCAUCGCGACAGUAUCACCCGCAAAGACCAACCUGGAGGAGACAAUCUCGACCCUCGACUAUGCUUUCCGAGCAAAGAAUAUCCGCAACAAACCCCAGAUCAACUCCAUGGUCUCCAAGAACAAGCUGCUCCGUGAGAUUGGCAUGGAAAUUGAGAAGCUCAAGAGUGAACUCAUUGCUACGCGACACCGCAAUGGUGUCUACAUGACGCCAGAUGCGUACGAGGAGAUUACCACGGAAAGCGAAUCGCGAAGAAUUGUCAAUGAGGAACAACGCGCCAAGAUCGAGUCCAUGGAAUCGAGUCUGCGACACAAGGUCCAGGAGCUGUUUUCUCUCACGGCCAAUUUCAACACAUUGAAACAGGACAACGAGAGCACACAGGCCAAGCUCAAAACCACGCGUGGCAUCCUUGAGCAAACGGAAUCGAGCCUCAAGAAUACCUCCGAGAAGUUGGAUGAAGAGACCGUUCUGAGAAAGGCUCACCAAGCUACAGAAAAGAUCCUUCGUGAAGUUGGCGAGGGUCUUCUGUCCAGCUUGGAUACUACCGUUGAGGAUAUUAAUGGACUGCACGCCAAGAUCGACCGCAAAGAUGACCUGGAAUUUGAGAAUCGUCAGACAUGGGAGGCAUCUGCUGGUGAAGUUUCCGAUGUCACGCAACAGAUCGAUGCGCGUGUGGAGAGCUUCCAGGCGCAGCAUGCGGGCCUUCUAGACACCAUGUCCAACAGGCUCCACCAGUUUAUCAGUGACGAGAUCGAUGCUGUGCUGUCUACUCGGUCUCAGCUCGAUGAAUUUGCAGCAUCCGUUGUCAAGGUCGAGGCAAACGCGAAAAAGCAGACUUCAAGUGCGCAUGAUGAAAUGAACGAGGUUCUUGAGGAGAUCAAAGUUCUCCGCGAGGAUGUCAAAACCAAGGUUGGCGAAGGCCUGAACGGACUUUCGGCCGCGGCUGCACGAAUCUCCAAAGAAGUCCUUGGCGAGUUCUCAGAGUUCCACUCCCAGCUUCACUCCUCGUACAGCUCUCUCGGCAAGGACUUCAAGUCCAUGUUUGAGAAUAUGGCAUCGCAUCUGGACCAACAAAAGUCCGAGAUCAACAAAUUGCGACUCGAGCUUCAAGAAGCCAAUCGCCACUCAGUUGAGGCUAACCGCAAGGCCUCAUCGAGCCUCACCCAAAUUAUGGAAGAAGAGCAGGCGAAUGCCCAGACGGAGCGAGAAACCUUGAUGUUGCAGAUUCGAAACCUACUUGAGGAAUCCAAUCAGCGCCAGUCUACUCGCCUCAAGAGCAAGUAUGAAGCCGUUCGCACAGAUAUUUCGGCUUCUGGUGAUUCUCUGGAGCACGCUACUGCGCAGUAUGACCGUCACAUCGAUGAAUGGAUCUUCAAGGAGGAGCAAUUCGCAAAGGACGUGACGGCAUCCAGGGAUGAGAUCAGAACUAAGAUGCAGAAUGAUUGGGAGACUUUCGAUCAACGCAAUGCCUCGAUUCAACGGGCCACCGAGUCGGUGCACCAGGAGACUGUGCGGAUUGUGGAUGCUCAGAUGAGCGACAUGAGCAAGCAAAUGGAAGCCCUUGAUGACUUUGUCGCCAAGGCUCGGUCUCAAAAUGGCCGCUUCCAUGAGGCGCAGCUUGAUAGCCUGGAUUCCCUGGCCACAAAUGGCCGGGAUUCGCGAAAUGCCGUAUAUGAACAGCUGGAUGGCCUCUGCGAACGUGUGAACCAGCUGCAGGAUGAUGUCUUCAUGCAUACAGAAAAUCUCGAGCAGGCGACUGCUCCUCUUCACGAGGAGGUACGCCAGCCACUGUCUGAGCUGCGCGACAACAUUCAGAGCCACCCCAUGAAGGAGUAUAUUCCAACCGGAGUGACUCCCAAAAAGCGAAAGUACGAGUACAGCACGGAGCUGCCUCGUACUGAGUCACACGAGGGUAUUCGUACCCGGCAUCGGACCUCCAAGCAAUUCACAGCUCUUCCCUUCAAUGAGGAGCCUCAACUGGCCCCCAUUCCCAGCUCGCCAGUCUCUUCACCAUCUAAAGGCUUUGUCUAUAGCGACGCCGCGGAAGAGGUAGGGACUCAUUCUUCGUCAUCCGGAAUCAAUUCCUCCAACACUGGCCUUAGGGAAGUCGAUUUAAACGUCGGCAAACAACACGCGCAGGAUGCUGAAGACGACACCAGGCCCGACGACAAACCUGGAUCCCCUGCACCCGCCCCUACCAUGGACCUGGACGACACCCUCGACAAGGACGAACCAGAGCAGCCGCCACUGAAGCGUAGCCGCUCCGCCUCCAGCAACCCGGUCGAGACCAAACUCCCGCAGAAGAUGCUGUCCAAGAGGAUGGCUGGCAUGAUGGAGGGCCGAGAGAAUGUGCCUCCAUCUGGUAUUGCAGGUGGACGCAGAUAUAGGAACCGCAACGCGGAGUAA